CACUUUCCUUGUCCUUGUUCAAAAAAAUUCCGCCACAUAAAGCCUCUACAACUACCCACCACAAAGAACUCCAAAUUACAUAAAGGUCCCUGGAGUUCAUCAAAUUUACGCACUUUACCACUCCCCUGCGGCUCCUUCAAGUAGGUGCCGCCAGUUUUUUUUACCUAGUGUUUUAAACUGUUUUUUUCCCUAUUUUCCGGUGACCGGAAAAUGUUGGAAGUAGUGCCUCUUCACGGCGGCGAUCACGGCGCCGGCGCCGGCGCCGAAGAGGAGCUUUUAUUGCUGGAGACAAACAAUGCCGACCGGUCAUGGAGAUUAAACUUCGACGAGUUGCGGUUAUCGUCUGAAUCCAAAGAGAAGCCUCCACGUGGCCUCCAUGAUUGCCUUGGAGUUUUAAGUCAAGAAGACAACAUUGCUGAGUACUACCAGCAACAGGUAGAAAUGCUCGAGGGCUUCAAUGAAAUGGACGCCUUGACCGAUCGUGGUUUUGUACCUGGGAUGUCAAAGGAAGAGAGGGAGAAAACGGCUAAAAAUGAAACAUUUGCCAUUAGGAUAUCAAAUGUUGCAAACAUGGUUCUCUUUGCCGCUAAAGUAUAUGCAUCGGUCAAGAGUGGUUCAUUGGCCAUCAUAGCAUCCACAUUGGAUUCGCUGCUUGAUCUUCUCUCUGGUUUCAUAUUAUGGUUUACAGCUUUCUCCAUGCAGACACCUAACCCAUAUCAAUAUCCAAUUGGAAAGAAACGUAUGCAGCCGUUGGGAAUCCUUGUUUUUGCUUCUGUCAUGGCGACUUUGGGACUACAGAUAAUUCUGGAGUCUAUGCGUACACUAAUAUCUGAUGAGUCUGAUUUCAACCUCACCAAGGAGCAGGAGAGAUGGGUUGUUGGGAUUAUGGUCUUUGUGACUUUGGUGAAACUAGUUUUAAUGUUGUAUUGCCGGUCUUUUACCAAUGAGAUUGUGAAAGCAUAUGCCCAGGAUCAUUUCUUUGAUGUUAUCACAAACAUCAUUGGUCUCAUUGCAGCAUUGCUUGCUAACUACAUUACCGACUGGAUAGAUCCCGUUGGAGCUAUGAUUCUUGCAUUGUAUACCAUUCGAACUUGGUCAAUGACUGUACUGGAGAAUGUGAACUCUCUAGUUGGCAAGUCAGCUGCACCAGAAUAUCUGCAAAAGCUGACUUACCUCUGCUGGAACCAUCACAAGGCCAUAAGGCAUAUAGAUACUGUGAGGGCUUAUACAUUUGGUUCUCACUACUUUGUUGAAGUUGAUAUCGUCCUGCCUGCGGACAUGCCCUUGCAAGAGGCACAUGAUAUUGGCGAGUCAUUGCAGGAGAAGCUUGAACUAUUGCCUGAGAUUGAGCGGGCCUUCGUUCAUCUUGACUAUGAAUACAGCCACAAACCUGAACAUGCACAGGCAUACCAAUAGGCAAAAGGAUAUUGUAACAUCUUCUCUAACCACUGUACCUAAUACCUCUGCAUAAAUGAACUCUGAUAUGCUGUUCGAGAUCGGCUGAUCUGGUGAUUGCUCUUUAAAAGAAAAUCUGGAAAAGAAAAGGCUGCUAUGAUCUGGAUGUUUCCUAGAACAAGUAAUAUGAAUUAUUACUUUGUUAAUUUACCUUGCCUAUUCAUAUAUAUAACAUGAUUUCUCAGUUUGCUUGCUCCUGGUAUAUUGCAACUUAUAUUAGAGAAAUUUGGGUUUC